AUUUGACAUUAUACAAGUGCAGGACACAAGUACAACAAAAUGUAUUCCAGUUCAACCCGUCCAUCAGCUGAGUUCAUGAUGAAAAGGAGGAGAGAGGAAAUGAGUUUAUAGAAAUGAGGCUUUAUUGUUUUGAUGGAGAACUACAGUAAAGCUCGGACCGUGGAGCAGCCGUCCGUCUGUCCGUUCACCGGCCUCUCCGCCAACACACCCGAGAUCCUGGUCAGAGAUGGCAGCAAGAUCCGCAACCUGCUGCGCUUCGCCCUGAGCCGCAUGGAGGCCAAACCCCGGGGAUCCGAGGAGGAGGGACGGCCCACAGCCGAGGACGGACACCAGGAGGGACAGCAGGGUGCACCGGGCCGGCCGCCCUGCAAGCAGGUGGUCUUCACCGCCAGCGGGAAGGGCGUCUCCAAAGCCAUCACGUGUGCGGAGAUUGUGAAGCGGCGCGUGAAAGGACUCCACCAGCUCACCAGGCUGCUGUACGGCACCGUGGUGGAGGUGUGGGAGCCGCUGGAGCCCGCCGCCGGCCUCGACAGCCUCAACGUCAGCAGGAACCUGCCUGCCAUCUGGAUCCUGCUCUCCAAAGAGCCGCUGGACUGCAGCCAGCCGGGAUACCAGGCGCCCGGCUGCUACGACGCCCUGUGGGCUCAGACUGCCAGCCGGGAGGAGGGCGGCGGGCUGGCAGGACAGAAACCUGGGCACCGGAGGAAGCGAGGAGGAGGAGGAGGCAGCAGAGGGAAGGGACCUCACCGUCAGACUGGACGGUCCAGAGAACCGGUGAAAGGACAGAGCUGAUUUAGACGGAAACCUGCAGCUGCUUCUGUUCCACGUUUUUAGUUUUACUUUAACAGCCUGAAUUCAAAUGUUCAUUUUUUCAGUUUCUACUGACCUUCAUUAAAAGCUGUUUGUGUUUAUUUUUGUCUGCAUCGACAUGUUCAUCUUCCGAUGCCUGAAGCUUUACGUUGAACCCUCCGAAAGACUCGCCGUUUGUUGUAAACUGUUUUAUUUUUGCCAUCAUCUCGUAAGAUAAAUUCAUCUUACAUCUCACAAGCGGCCAUGAACAUGUGAGAUGAAGCCGAAGUCUGUACAUCAGCUUCUGUAAGAUGUGAGAAACAGUCGCUUCAUUCUGAGCAUGAACAGAGAAGAUGUGGCUGGAAUAAAGAUUUCUUUCAAACUUUGGUUUUUACUGGUGAAUCAGGACAUUUCCAGCAUAAAAUGGUUAAAUGUCUCAGUUUCAACAUCUGUUUAUUGUUGACUGGAAUAAAAUAUGAGUU